AUGGGUUCUUCUUCAAAAGUUGGGAAUAGUAGCUAUGAUUACUCUUUUAAGGUUUUGUUGAUUGGUGAUUCUGGUGUUGGCAAAAGUAGUCUGCUUCUCAGCUUUAUAUCAAACUCUAACUCACUUCAACACCUCUCUCCCACCAUUGGAGUAGAUUUCAAAAUCAAGCAUUUUACAAUUGGUGGUAAGAGAUUGAAGCUUACUAUUUGGGACACAGCUGGACAAGAGAGGUUUGGAACUGUAAUAAGCUCUUAUUACAGAGGCACACAUGGAAUCAUUCUUGUGUAUGAUGUAACACGGCGCGAGACAUUUACAAACCUGGUGGGAAUUUGGGCAAAAGAGGUUGGACUUUACUCCACUAAUCAGGAUUGCAUCAAAAUUCUUGUUGGCAAUAAGGUGGAUAAGGAGAGCGAAAGAGCCGUAAGCAAAGAAGAGGGAAUGGCUCUUGCACAAGAACAUAGAUGCUUGUUCCUAGAGUGCAGUGCCAAAACUAGGGAAAAUGUUCAACAAUGCUUUAACGAUCUCACAUUAAAGAUAUUAGAGGUGUCGAGUUUGCGUGAAAAAGGGUCUGUAGAAGUGAAGAGACAAAAGCAAAAGCGCAUAUUCGAGACAUCGCAAAGAGGUGGUUGCUGUUCUUCUUAG